AUGUCGAACGAUAAGGGCCUUGAGGAGGUCCCCGAGGGACAGAUCGAGUCUAACUACGAUGAGAUCACCGACUCCUUCGACUCCAUGGACCUGAAGCCCGAGCUGCUUCGCGGUGUCUACGCCUACGGUUUCGAGCGUCCCUCCGCCAUUCAGCAGCGUGCUAUCAUGCCCAUCAUCAAGGGCAACGAUGUCAUUGCUCAGGCUCAGUCCGGUACCGGCAAGACCGCCACCUUCUCCAUCUCCGCUCUCCAGAAGAUCGACACCAACCUCAAGGCCUGCCAGGCUCUGAUCCUUGCUCCCACCCGUGAGCUGGCUCAGCAGAUCCAGAAGGUCGUUGUCGCCAUUGGUGACUUCAUGAAGAUCGAGUGCCACGCCUGUAUCGGUGGUACCAACGUCCGUGAGGACAUGACUGCCCUCCGUGACGGCCCCCAGGUCGUUGUCGGUACCCCCGGCCGUGUCCAGGACAUGAUCCAGCGCCGCGUCCUGCGCACCGACCACAUGAAGCUGUUCGUCCUUGACGAGGCUGAUGAGAUGCUGUCUCGUGGUUUCACCGAGCAGAUCUACGACAUCUUCCAGCUUCUUCCCCAGUCUACCCAGGUCACCCUGCUGUCCGCCACCAUGCCCCAGGACGUCCUGGAGGUCACCACCAAAUUCAUGCGUGACCCCGUCCGCAUCCUGGUCAAGAAGCAGGAGCUUACCCUUGAGGGUAUCAAGCAGUUCUACAUCGCCGUUGAGAAGGAGGAGUGGAAACUCGACACCCUGUCCGAUCUCUACGAGACCGUCACCAUCACCCAGGCCGUUAUCUUCUGCAACACCCGCCGCAAGGUCGACUGGCUCACCGACAAGCUCACUGCUCGUGACUUCACUGUCUCCGCUAUGCACGGUGACAUGGAGCAGGGCCAGCGUGAUGUUAUCAUGAAGGAAUUCCGUUCCGGCUCCUCCCGUGUCCUGAUCGCCACUGACCUGCUGGCCCGUGGUAUUGAUGUUCAGCAGGUUUCCCUGGUCAUCAACUACGAUCUUCCCGCCAACCGCGAGAACUACAUUCACCGUAUCGGUCGUGGUGGUCGUUUCGGUCGUAAGGGUGUUGCCAUCAACUUCGUCACCGCUGACGAUGUCCGCAUGCUCCGUGAGAUCGAGCAGUUCUACAGCACCCAGGUUGAGGAGAUGCCCAUGAACGUUGCUGAUCUCAUCUAA